AUGCGCCUGUUGGUAACCUCAAUUAGGCGGCCCCGCAUAGCCGCCACGUCCACUGCCAUAGCUAGGGCUUCGGCGAGACGUCACUUGACUAACAAUGGCUUUUUUCGUGUCUCGGAAGAAGUGCGAGAGGCACUGAAUUCAAACAAGCCCGUGGUCGCCCUAGAGACGACCAUCUACACACACGGCUUCCCAUACCCUGAAAAUGUAGCCCUAGCCUCCCUCCUCGAAAGUGUAGUCCGGACCAACGGUGCCGUCCCAGCCACAAUAGGCAUUUUGGAUGGUGUAGCACGCGUCGGCCUGGAUCCGGAAGAGCUCAUAAGACUGGCUUCUUCUGCUGGACAGGCAAAUACGCUGAAGCUCUCACGUCGCGACCUCGGCUAUGUAUGCGGUACACGACUCACCAACAAGUCUUUCAAUGGAGGCACCACCAUAUCUGGCACCAUGUUGCUAGCACACCUCGCUGGUAUCAAGAUAUUCGGAACCGGCGGCCUUGGUGGUGUUCACCGUGGCGCCGAGUCGAGCAUGGACAUUUCUGCUGAUUUGACGGAGCUUGGAAGAACACCAGUCACGGUGGUCUCCAGUGGCUGCAAGAGUUUCCUUGACAUACCGCGAACAAUUGAGUACCUUGAAACCGAGGGCGUGGGAGUGGGCACAUUCGCCGACGGCCGCACGGGGAAGGUAGACUUUCCUGCCUUCUGGUCCAGAGACAGUGGAGUCAAGAGCCCGGUGACAAUUGCGGACGAGAUUGAAGCUGCUGCUGUUAUACAUGCGCAACACACUCUUCAAAUAUCAUCUGGCCUGCUUUUUGCCAACCCUGUUCCUACAGAGUUUGCUAUACCCAAGGAAGAAAUGGACGUGGUUAUUGAAGAGGCCUUGCGACAAGCCAACGCCGAAAACAUCUCAGGCAAAGACAAUACGCCCUUUGUACUCGCCAAGAUCAAGGAGCUUACCAAGGGCAAGAGCAUUCCUGCCAACAGGGCACUCAUUGAGUCCAACGUCAAGCGAGCAGCCAUUGUAGCACGCGAACUCGCCAUUCUAGAAGCAAAGCAACAAGAGGCCCAAGGACGUACUUCUUCUUACUUCACACCCGUUCAAUCCAGUCCGGCCUCUACUGCUCAAGAGCGGCUGCACAAUGCAUCUUUAUCGCCCUCUGAGCCUCCUUCUACACCCCCUACCAGUAUCUCAUCUCAGUCCGAACAACAAGCCGCUGCCGACAUCGUUGUGGCGGGUGCUCUCGCAGUAGACUUUUCAUGUGAUUUUGCUCCUUUAACACCUUCAUCCAGUCAGAUAGAUCCACUGCCACAUACAUCAAACCCUGCUGUUAUCACCCAAACACUUGGAGGCGUAGCUCACAAUAUUGCCAAAGCUUCUCAUCUGCUCGGUUCAUCUGUGCGAUUGCACAGCGCUGUGGGUGACGACUUAAGUGGCCGCGCAGCCGUCAACCAACUACAAGAGGAAGGCAUGUCAAUCUCUGGUAUUGAGACGAUGCCUGCGCCUUCCAGGACGGCACAAUAUGUUGCCAUUAAUAAUAUCAACAAGGAUCUUGCCAUGGCCAUGGCAGACAUGUCCAUCCUAGAGACCAUACCCAAUGACACCAUUCGCCAGCUGGCCAACACCGUGUUUCACGACCUCUCUAGCUCACCCAAAGCUUUUAUCGCAGAUGCAAACUGGUCCUCGGCUGCCUUGCAUACUUGGCUCCAAGCUGCCCGUCAAGCAAACACAACCACUAUUUUCGAGCCAGUCUCUACCGCCAAAGCGUUACGCAUCUUUCCGCAAAAAGCUGCCCCCACUGUUUUCCCCACUCCUCUCGUAGACAUCACAACACCAAAUACUUAUGAACUCAGUGCUUUGCACGAUCACGCACAUCAAUCUGGCUACUUUGACAGCCCCGAGUGGUUCAGUGUCAUCGACGCAUUGGGUAUCCCCAAUGGCGGCCUACGCGUGCCCCUGGCAGUCACUGUGGGCAGUGACAUAGUCGAUCAAGGCAUCCCCCAGCAAGCGAUCAAGUUGCUUCCUUUCUUCCCAACUAUACUGACCAAACUCGGUCCUCAAGGUGUCCUCAUGACCAAACUUCUUGCUGCUGACGCACCCGAACUACACUCCGAGGCUGAGCGCCAGUUUGUACUCGCACGCAACAGUGCGCCCAGUGCGACAAAUGCGCAACUAAGUGUUGCAGGGCUGUAUGUGAGACUUUUCCCAGUGGAAAAGGUACUCUCGCCCGAGGAAGUAAUUAGUGUAAAUGGUAUUGGCGAUACGUUUUGUGGGGCUCUAGCCCACGGCCUCAGCCAGGGUAGGUGGGUCCAAGAUGUGGUAGGUUUUGCACAAGGGGCUGCAGCAUUGAGUCUGAAGAGUCGUGAGGCGGUCAGCAGCGAGUUGAAACGACUGAGAGGUUCGUUGGCAAAAGUCUGA